AUGUUCGUCUCCAUAGCUCUGGAGCACCCGCAUGAGCACUACACCAACCUUGACGUUAUACAAGGGAAGGUGGCCCUCAGGGUACCAAAUCCUACCAAUGUUAGCAGCAUCGUAGUGAAGCUUGAGGGAGAGUCGCGGACACGGUUACUGGCACCGAUACAUCCAAACAGACCGGACAAGCAGAGACCAGUUUUGGAAAUCCACAAGUUCCUGUACAGGACACAGGUCGUGUGGCCAGAGCAUGCGCGCCCGGAAGACCUCGUCAACAAUCCCAAGGCGAGCUUUACGAUAAAUGCGGGAUCGUUUGAGUAUCCUUUUCAGUUCAAAAUACCUCUGAACACUUCAUGUCAGCAGACGAACAGCCCCAUCUCGACCGUCUCCUUCUCGAACGCGAUACCCGAGUUUGCGAAGACGCCCACACAGCACAUCAAGGCCACGCUUCCACCGUCAUUAUCUGGCUUCCCAGGCGAAGCAGAGAUUCGAUACUUCGUAAAGGUUACCGUCAACCGCCCGCAGUUCUUCAAGGAGAACCCCAGGUCGACUGCGAACUUCACUUUCCUCCCGAUCGAGCCGCCGCGACCAGAGAAGGCGGAUGGAGAAGCAUACGCAAGGAGACAACAUCAGUUUUUGGAAAAUGCGCCAAUGGUGGCAGCGGACAAGAAAGCGGGCUUCUUCGAUAGGAAGAGCUCGACGAACAGCCCUCCGAAGUCACCAACAACAGGAAGUGUGCCACCGCGAGUAACCAUCGAUGCUCGACUGCCGAAUCCUGCGGUUCUUACCAGCAACCAAGAUAUUCCGCUACGGCUAUUGGUGAAGAAUGUGAGCGAGCGAGCAAAGAACAUAUACCUACAGAUGCUCCAGAUCCAGCUGAUAGGCUACACCAAAGUGCGCGCCCACGAGGUCGCUCGCACGGAGUCAAACAGCUGGAUACUAUGCUCCUUUAGCAACAUGGCCAUCCCCAUCGGCUCUCCCACAGACGCAGUAGACACAGAAGUCCCCAUCAACGCAGAAUAUUGGUCCGGCAAACCCAUUCCCAACACCGUGCCACCAACGUUCACAACCUGCAAUCUUUCCCGUUUCUACGAGGUUGAAGUACGCGUCGGCAUAGGAUAUGGAAGCUACAAGCACGGCGAAGACCAACUCGUAGUCCUCUCACUGAGACUACCAGUCAAAGUCUACUCUGGCAUCGCCCCUCCCAUGGCCUUGCUAGAAGCAUCCCUAACAGGGGAACCGGGAAAGUUAAAUCCUCCUACAUUAAAUGUGCCACCGACACAACAGCAACCUCCGCACACACCUACUACGCCUACGCACGGCGGCUUCGGAAAUAGUGGGGGUGGAUUCUCUGGCCAGCCGGUGCAACCUCAAGCUGCUGCUCCUGGUUAUGAUGAGGCACCACCACCCAGCUACGAAGAGGCCAUUGGACAUGAUUUGCCGCCAAUAAAUGGGUACAGAGGGAGUUACCAGCCUCCGCCUGUGCCCGACGAUGCCCCGAGUCUUUCGGGUGAGAAAAGGCGAUGA